UUUUAUUCUGCUUGUCCAAACAUUUCAGAGAUAUUUUGAACCAACUCCAAACUAUCCUGUGCUAUUAAUCCUCUAAAAUUAUACAUUAGGGUGAUUGACAGUUGCCAGUUAUCGUGUUGCCACGACUGCCGUGCUGCUACAAAACUUUUGCAUUCCUCUUGAGCUGACCACGCUGUCGGGCUGUAAUCGUCUAUGGUCUGUCCACUGCAACCGGACCACAUGAGCCAAUCCGGCACGCUGCAGCGACGCACCACCUACCUCAUCUCCCUAACUCUGGUUAAGGUUGAGUCUGUGGGAGAAGAUGGGGUGCAGCAGGCGAAGGCUUCCAGCCUGGGAGCAGCGGCGGGAGGCCGGGAAUACGAACGAGGUGCCUUGGCUACCGAGGAGCUGCUGCUUCGCGGCGAACGGGACGAGGAAGAGGACACAGAACUGGAAGAUGACGAUGUUUCGAGUGGGCCAGGGAGGGAGGGGGUCAUACCCCGAAGAGGAGAUACGCAGCACCUUGGCGCCCCCGAAGGCAUGCCGUCCGUCGUGGAUGAUGGCCGCCCCAGAGCCAGAGAGAGGGUGGUGGUGAGGCCCAAAGUGCUUCCCUCCACUCCUGUGAAGGACAGCGAGGAGGUAGGAGCCGAGCGGGCAGCAGUGGAGGGAGAGGUGGACAGAGAGGAGCCUUCAGACAGCAAGACAAGCAGAGGAGCACCACAGUCCAGGAAGGCUUUGGACACGGCCCCUCCCAAACACUCCCCCAAGAGCAACGUCCCCAUGCGCACCGGUCCACGGACAGGGGCCUUGCAGAAGGCACACAGCACAGCAGUGAGCCAGCGGGAGCUCAGGGAGGCAAAGGAAGGUACGUCCAAGUCCGCAAAGAGCCUUGACCGCAAGGACAACAAAGCUGAGGCGAUUUCUCCCCUGAGUCCUGUGCUGGUGCCCUGCCGGGGGUCCUGGACAGGUGAUGAGGGGAAGCCCAGACCUCAGCCCAGGAAAGCUAUGGUGGCUAUCGAAGGCGAAGCAGUGGCCACAAGGGCCAGUCCGAGGGCCGAGAGGCUCAAGACCGGAUCUGCCUCCCUCCCCGCUCCCGUUACCCCGAUUCCUAAACCUCCACGCAAGGGCAAGAGCCGCACCCUGGACAACAGUGACCUGCGGGUGUUGUCUGAAGACCUUCGACGGGGUAAGGAGACCCAGGCACCCUCAGGCAUGGGCCCCACCCCCAUCCCUCUACAAGGGCAGUCCCAGCGUGCCUCAGCUCGUGACCGCAAAAUGCUGAAGUUCAUCAGUGGGAUUUUCACCAAGAGCACCCCUGCGACGGCUAGUGCAGCCACCGCACCUCCCCUCUAUGGUUCUGUGCAGAGGGAGUCCAGUGAAGAGGAAGCGGCGUGUGCCAACAGUCAGGAAUGGACCCUCAGCCGAUCUGUCCCGGAGCUUCGUCUGGGGGUUUUAGGCAGUCUGCGUAGCGGCCAGGCAGCUCUGGUGAACAGAUACAUUACUGGGAGCUACCUUCCUCUCGAGUCUCCUGAAGGAGGGAGGUAUAAGAAAGAGGUUCAGAUUGACGGACAGAGUUACCUGAUGUUAAUCAGGGAAGAGUGCGGACCUCCAGCUGCACAAUUUAGCAACUGGGUGGACGCUGUCAUUCUGGUGUUCAGUCUAGAGAAUGAGAACAGCUUCCAGGAGGUGUAUAACAACUACAGCCAGCUGAGUGCGCAUCGCGAUACUUCUGAGAUUCCAUUCAUCGUGGUGGGGACGCAAGACAAGAUCAGCAGCACCAACCCGCGGACGAUCGAGGACGAGCGAGCGCGGAGGCUGUGUGCGGAUGUGCGGCGUUGCGCUUACUACGAGACCUGCGCCACCUACGGUUUCAACGUGGAUCGUGUCUUCAAAGAGGCUGCCCAGAAGAUUGUUGCCUACAAAAAGCAGACAUCCCAGCUGGCCUGCAAGUCUCUGCCUAACUCACCCAACCACUCAGGAGGCUCAACACCUGUGUCAGGGGCCUUUCCUGGCCAGGCGAGUAAUGGAGGCCAGAGCAGUGACUACUCGUCCUCCCUGCCUUCCACCCCUGUGGUCAGCCACAAGGAGAUUCGGGGAGGUGUAGGGGGAGAUGGAGCAGGCAGCGCCACCCCGGGUCCCCUGCGCAAUGCCCCUCGUCGGCGAACAUCCCUCUUCACGAACCGACGUGGCAGUGACACUGAGAAGAGGAGCAUAGACAGCAAGGGGGAUGUGGGUAGCGGGAGACCAACCUCCAUUAAACAGAGCAUCCUGUGGAAGCGCAGUGGAAGCUCGCUGAACAAGGAGUGGAAGAAGAAGUUUGUCACUCUCUCCAGCAAUGGCAUGCUGUCCUACCACUCCAGUUUCAACGACUACCUGCAGAACGCCCAUGGGAAAGAGAUGGACUUGUUGCGAGUGACAGUGAAGGUCCCGGGCAAACGGCCACCUGCUGCUGUCAUUUCUUGUGUCCCUCCUCCUGGUCUCAAUGGAAUGGUCAAGGACGUAGGAGCCCCGGAGGGGGGCGGUGCUGAAGGUCCAUCCUACCCUGCCAGUCUCUUGCCAGUAGAUGAGGCAGGUGGACGGGGCGUCUCACCCCGGGGGGACAAAGGGGUGCAGCGCUGUCCAUCUACAGUGUCCAGUAAGGCGCAAAGUGUGGAUUCUUCUGCUGAAGGUGUAAGUAGCCCCCCUACUCCGAAAGACCACGCACCACCGUCUCCGAUGACUGACAGAAAGAAGCACCGGAGAAAGAAGAGUAUGAGCCAGAAAGGCGAUGCGGCGCUUGGUCAGGCUGAUGCCAAGCGCAAAAUGUGGAAAUUAAAAAGCUUUGGUAGCUUGAGAAACAUUUACAAGACAGAAGAGGAGAACGCCGACUUCAUGAUCGUCUCCAGCUCAGGCCAGAUCUGGCACUUUGAAGCACCGACUCUGGAGGAGCGGGAUGCCUGGGUGCAGGCCAUCGAGAGCCAGAUUCUGGCCAGCCUGCAGUCCUGCGAGAGCAGUAAGAACAAGGCCCGGAGGAGCAGCCAGAGCGAGGCAGUGGCUCUUCAAGCUAUCAGGAACGCCAAGGGCAAUGGCUUUUGUGUGGAUUGCGGUGCUCAGAACCCAACAUGGGCCAGCCUAAACCUGGGGGCGCUGAUCUGCAUCGAAUGUUCGGGCAUCCAUCGCAACCUGGGCACCCACUUGUCGCGUGUCCGCUCUCUGGACCUGGACGACUGGCCACGGGAGCUGACGCAGGUCCUCAUGGCCAUUGGCAACCAUAUGGCUAACAGCAUCUGGGAGAGCCGCACUCUGGGGCGCAAAAAACCAACACCCAAUGCUACGCGCGAGGAACGGGAGUCGUGGAUCCGUGCCAAGUAUGAACAGCGGCUCUUUGUGGCGCCCCUGCCUGACCCGAGUCCAGGCAUGCCAACGGCUAUGUCUGCCCGACUGCUAUCUGCCGUGACCGAGAGGGAUCUCCCGGGUUUGCUGUUACUCCUUGCCCACAGCACCAAGGAGGAGAUCAACGCCCCUCCAGCCGGCACACCCACUGAGGGCCUGACACACCGCUUGGCCCUACAUGCUGCUUGUCAGCUGGCUGAUGUUGUUAUGACACAGCUGCUGGUCUGGUACGGCAGUGAUGUAAAAGCCAGGGAUUCCCAAGGACAGACCGCCCUGACGAUGGCGCGUCGCGCAGGGAGCCAGGAGUGCGCCGACAUCCUGCUGCAGCACGGCUGCCCUAAUGAGGUUCCCCCCGCAGCUCCUACGCCUGGCCUCUCCCGCAAAAGCAGCACCACCAGCCUGGGCCGGGCCAACUCCAGGAGAGGAAUUUCCUAACCAGAUCCCCUAAGGGGUUUCAUGAAAUACGUUUGAACACCCACAGAGAAGCAGGCUAGUCCCUCCAGAGGGGUCUUCGGUUCUUUUACUGGAAUCAGCAGUGAUGCUACACUGACAUUCGCGAUGGUUUGUUUCUCUGUCUGCAUUUGUAGGUGAAUUUCCUCCUCUCAACACUGACUGUGCGUGUGUGUGUGUGUGUGUGUGUGUGUGUGUGUGUGUGUGUGUGUGUGUGUGUGUGUGUAACAACAGUAGAACUAAGUUAAGAGUGGAAGAUGAUGACACAGAAUCGAUAACAGCAAAAAAAAAAAAAAAAAAUCAAAAAAAAACUUGCAACACCGAAAAAGGUUGUGUAGAUCAUUCCACCAAAUUUCCUUCGCCCAUGAGAAUUGAUUCCUCGGUGACCGAUGUCAGCCCACGUACCUCGAUCGUCUCCGUGCCGCUGAUUAUGUCUAAGCAAGACUGGCGGUAAGCGGUACGGACCAAUGUUCGGGUAAGAGGUGCUGUGUCUUUUUCGAAGAGAUGCCCCCACUCAAGCAGCAUAAGUCCUCUUUCGAGUGUUGUGUUGUGCAGUGACUCCAUUUUCAGUCUCUGCACGUAGGAGGAGAGAGUCCGAGAACGCGCUGGAGGAUCCAAGCCUCCCAAUGACUGAGUGCUCCUGCCCACCAAGACCUCCACUCUUACUGAACAAGGGUGCGUUUUACCUGUAAGACGUCCACAUGUCCUAAAGCCCUGUGUGUGAGAGCACAAAACUUAAUCCAAGCAUUUAAAAUGUUCCUCACUGAUGCUCGAGGGACGUGCAUUCACUGAAGGGAGAGCAGAACAUCCUCAAGUGAAAUGCUGCAGUAUGUGGGUUACAGGAUUGGUUCUUGAGAACAGCAGGCAGCAGCUCACACUAAAACAGCUGGCACGUGUCACUGGCCGUGUGGUAAGCAACGUGGUACAGGCAAUGUAGUUUACCGUCCACACAUGUGGAUACGGAACGAACCGAUGGCUCUGUUGAAGCUCUUUCUGUCCGUCAAAGUAAAGCGGUAAUGCUUGGAGCGGACGACCUUUGCUGGAGCAGCAGAGCAAGGAGUUGCUGCAUAACACAUUCACAGCACUUUCGGACAUGUGUCAUUACCCCCACGCGUGGGACGGGUGGGAGAACGCAGCGUGUGGAAUCAAUGAAUCCAAAACACCAAGAAUCCAUUGUUCCCAUUUAGUCGGUAUCCAUGUGCUGCUGUAGCCAUUGAGACAAAGCCACGGAGCCACGGACCGGCAAAGUCCGUCUUAGCGUGUAGUUCUUGACGACCUGGAUCAGCCACUUUCCUCCACUGGAACAGAGGACCGGAGGAAAAACACGUCCCUGCUUGAUGUUCUUACACAAUUUGGAUGUGAAAAUACGUGCAAUAGCCCAACUAUACUGUACGAUUUGUAUGACGUGACAAAACGAUGUUUUUCCGAACAUGCCUGGGACGCCUCUGAAAACGGCAGACCAAGGAGUGGGGAAAUUGACGAAGGUUAUUGUAAAAAUAGCCUCUCUGCAAAGGUAAAAUGUUACGAUGCUGGGUAAUUUUUUGAACGAAAAGGUGUCUUUUAAUUAGAUUUUAUCACAGCCCCUCUGAUUUUUAGGAGUCAUGCAAAGUAAAAUGGACUGAGGGACUAUGUUUGCUUAGUGGCAGAAUCACUUUGGCGUUGUUGUGUUUCUAUGAAGUUUCCUAAUUUACCUGCAUUUGUCAACAUGCAGGGAGAUUGUAGCCCUGUGAUGUUUGUCCAUUGUUAUAAAGCAAAAGAGGGGGUGCGGUGGCGCAGUGGGUUGGGCCACAGUCCUGCUCUCCGGUGGGUCUGGGGUUUG